UAACCACGCCCAUUUCGAAUCUUUGUAUUUACAUUUUAACGUUCGUAACGGUCGAUCGUCACGAUUUUUCUUAUUUGCGCUGCUCUCUCAGUUUUGUUCGGGUCACGUCCAUUCCUCACGUAUUUUUCUGCUCUUUUAAUUACGCCACAUUUGCUCUUGACACAAACCACAGUCUCGGUCCCCGGUGACGCGAAACUGCGGAUUUUGAAAAAAUUUUUCAUUUCGGCGCGAUUCCAGCGACACUCAACACGGAGAAAAUGAGUUCUCUGCUCCAGCAACGAGAAGAGGGUCGCCACUUUUUUGGCGAUGAUUUUCCAGUGAUAAUGAGUGAAGACGAAGAGUCUUUAAAUGAGACAACAGAUGGCUGGCAGGAGCCUCAAGAAGACAGCAGCAGUGCCCACGUGGCUUCUGGGGACCUCACUGAAUGGAAGCCUGUCGACUGCUCAGAGAGUGGCGCCGUCUCCCGUACUGCCGCACCGCUCGCUGAGAGCGGAGGGACCCAGGAGUCAGUCAAGAACUCCCUGACUGACUCUGUGAACCAUGUGUGGCAGCACUGCUAUGAUACCUCGGAAAAUACGCCAAAUUGCAGUUACCGUUUGAGAUCUCACGCAGAUGAGAAGCUAUACGUGUGUCUCGUGUGCUCUAAGUGUUUUUGCACCCGGAGCCAGCUCACUCGCCACUAUCAAGCAUGUAUCUUCGCCGAUUCGGAACAAUAUGACAAACAUGCUGCUACAGAGCUGAAGAGUGAGUCUGAGGAGUCUUCUCCUAGCUCUGACUCAUGCUCGCCAUUAAUGCUGAAGUACACCUGCCAAAUAUGCUUUUAUGCUACUGGUAGUUUGGCACAUUUUAAUUGCCAUUUAAGAACACACAGGGGUGAGAAACCAUACAUGUCUCGUACCUGGAGCCAUCUGAUCCGACACAUUCGGACGUGCAACUAUAGAGACCUCUCCAGUCUUGCUUUAAAGAUGCAGAAGUGUGAGUUUUGCAAGUACGCCACUAAUUCCCCAUAUAACUUAGGGGUCCACAAGCGAAUCCAUGCAGGCCAGCAAUGUGCACUGGCAGUGGUUCAUAACAUAGAAUCGGAAGUACUGAAAGUGGACAUCUAAAUGUAUUCUAAACUUGAACUGCAAAAAGAAGACAACUGUAAUGUCCAUGGUAGCACUGAGCGCUUUUUAAAUAUUUGCAUUUGUAUUUUGGUUCAUGUAUUAGUUUUAAUACUUGGCAAUUUCAAACUGGA